AUGAGGAAAUACAAUCGUCUUCGAAGCAUAGCAAAGGUGUUUCGUAUUUUUGAAGUGCUUUCGGCUUUGCUGUUUUUGGCGUGGACUGCCGAGCGCGUGCCUUUUGCCGUCAAAAUCUCCGGCGAGUUUGUAUUGAAACUCGGCGGCAUCAUCGCCAGUCCGUUCUUUGUUUUCCUCAUCUGUAACGUCAUCAUCAUCACUCUAAUUGCUAAGUCCGGUAUCUUCUCCGCCGUUCGCAAUGCCGAUUCCAAAGUCUGCGAGGAAAUCAUCAAGACCGCAGACACUCACUCCAAAUCGGUGUCUCAAGAAGAGAUUGUGUAUCAAGAUAAGGAGAUCAUCUCUGAAGUGAACACAUCUACUCGCGAGUGCGAAGACAUGGAACCAGAACCGGAGCCAGAGUCAGACUCUGACUUUGAAGCCGAUAAUCCGAGAGUGUAUAGGAGAAGUAAAUCGGAGAAGUUGGAAAGGGAGAAAGUGAAAAAGGAACUACGACGAUCGGAGAGCGAGAAGAAGUGCCGAAAAAUUGAAAACAUGGACGAAAAAUUAUUUCCUGAAGACGAUUUGAGCAAUGAAGAGUUUCAACGAGCGAUCGAAGACUUUAUUGCUAAACAGUUGAGGUUUCGCCGAGAAGAGUCUCUGUCUAUUGUUCUUCAUAGCCAAGCUUGA